AUGAUCCCCUUUCGCAGAUGCGUGCUGAUCGCCGCCGCCUUUCUCUCCUUCACCUUCACUCUGCGCCUGUCGUCCUCCUCCCAUUCCCGUAGCAGCCCGCGUCCCGCCGUCGUGCUCGACCACGACAAUGACCCGUCCGCCGCCCACGCCCAACCGCCCCCCCAGAUCACCCUCGACGACCUUGCCUCCAAGCCCCUCCCCGAGCGAUUGCGCUUCCAAUUCCCCUACGACCUCGAGUCCAAGUUCCCCGCCUACAUCUGGCAGACCUGGAAGUACAAUCCCUCGUCCGGCAGCUUCGCCGAGCCCCUGCGGCCCCUCGAGGCCAGCUGGACCGUCGCCCACCCCGGCUUCGUGCACCAGGUCAUCACCGACGACGGGCUCGACUACGUCGUCAAGUACCUCUACGCCGGCUUCCCCGAGGUCAUCGAGGCUUUCGAGUCCAUGCCCCGCGCCGUGCUCAAGGCCGAUUUCUUCAGGUACCUGAUCCUCCUGGCCCGCGGCGGUAUCUACUCCGACAUCGACACCUUCGCCCUCAAAUCCGCCAUCGAAUGGGUGCCGCAGGCCGUCGACCGCUCCACCAUCGGCCUCGUCAUCGGCAUCGAGGCCGACCCGGACCGCGCCGACUGGAAGGAGUGGUACUCGCGCCGCAUCCAGUUCUGCCAGUGGACCAUCCAGGCCAAACCGGGCCACCCCGUCCUCCGCGACACCGUCGCCAACAUCACCGAGGAAGCCCUGCGCAUGAAACGCGAGGGAAAACUGUCCCACGCCCGCAUGGACAAGACCAUCAUGGAGUUCACCGGCCCCGCCGUCUGGACCGACGCCGUGUUCCGCUACUUCAACAGCCCGGACUACUUCGACAUGAACAAGGGCGCCAACUACUCCCGCGAGAUUGACUACUCCUACUUCACCGGCAUGGUCGCCCAGAAGGUCGUCGGCGACGUCGUCGUGCUGCCCAUCACCAGCUUCAGCCCCGGCGUCGGCCAGAUGGGCGCGGAGGAGCCCGAGCAUCCCAUGGCCUUUGUCAAGCACGAGUUUCAAGGUAAGCUGCCCGUCCUUCGCUCUACUCUUUCUCCCACCCCUGUCGAUCCUUGCAUCCUUGCUGACCCAAGACCUUCACAACCCUCCAGGCGUCUGGAAAUCGAGCGCGGACAAAUAAAAGACUUUUUUGUCCAAGGAUCAUCCCAACCCUUGCUUAAGACCCAAUGUUGCCGGCUUGGAAACCCAGGCUUCCUGACUCGAUCCCGACUGCUCCGCCAGGCCGACACAAUAAUUUACUACCCAAACCCAAACCACUUGCUGAUACAGAUGUGCUCCUACGGAUGA